UGGUGGGACAGUGGGACAGUUCAGCGUGGGUCAUCUAUAAACAAAUUGCUAAUUUGUAUGAAAUAAAUAAUAAUGAUUUAUUUGUGAUAUUUCUCCAAAAGCCGUACAGAAUGGCUGGUCUCUUAUGUAGAAUAUGCCUGGCACGUGAUACUCGUAUGUGUACAAUGUACAACACGCCACUGGAAGUGCUUUAUCAAAAAAUCACAAAAAUACCUCUUAAAACAAAAGACGGAAGACCGCACGUGGUGUGUUAUGUCUGCUACCAUUUAUUGAGCAAGUGUCACAAAUUCAUUGAAAGUGCCGUUAAAACUGACAAAGUUCUUCAACGACUAUGUAGCAGUGGUAUACAGUUAACCGAGCAGCAUAUUGCAGCGAUAGACAAGGCUUUCUUACUCACACCAUUAACUAAGUCACGCGUUAUAAAUGUAAACGCAAUAAGCGAUUCAGACGGAGUCAGUAUAGAAGUGGCCGAAGUCAAGAGAGAAAUUGAAGAAGAUAAGCCUAUAUAUUAUGAGGUGGAAGUUGUUAAAGAUAAAGCUGAUUCUUUAGGGUUUGACGGUAUAAAUAAUACAGAACAUAGUUCAAAACAGUACGCUUGUACUAUCUGUGGUCAUUGCUUGCUGACCAAAGCUGAAGCUAGGAAGCACUACAAAUGGCAUGGCACCUCCGAAGAACCCUAUCUGGACUGUCUGAAUUAUUUAUUUGGCGCUCCACCAACUGUGGAAGUCACUAUGCAACCUAUCACGGCGCCAACUGACCACAAAGAAGCACUAACGGCACAAACAGGCACCAUACAAACAGCCACUGCACCAACUUACAGCAUACAAGAGUUGACGGCGCCAACUGACCACAAAGAAUCACUAACGGCGCCAACUGACAGCAUACAAGUGGUGACGGCGCCAAUUCAUAGCAGAGAUGUGCUGAAGUCUCCGCAAACUAUCAUAGCGUCCGACACUAGUCCAACGAAGAUUGAAAAUGAUGAAGAGAUGCCUAAGAAAGAAGAUAUGGACGAAAAAUCAAAUUUACCCGAAGAACUAAAAGAUGAAUCGCCAAAAAUUUUCAAAAACGAAAAAGAAUUAAUGAUAGAAAUGAAAAUAGACGUCUAUAAAAAAAUUGUGAAACCAAAGAAUAUAAUAAAGAAAAAAGAAGAAACUGCGAAACCAAAUAAUACAAUAAAGAAUAAAGAAAAAGCAACUAACAGUGAAGUGACUAUAAAAAAGAGAAAACUCACUAAAAACAUGAAACCAAAUAGAAAAAAUGAAACAAAAUUAACCGUUAGUAAUAAUUUAACCGAAAACGAGGUAUAUUGUGAAGUCCCAUUAUUUAAAUCGGAUGACCCGUUAGACACAAAUUAUAAAGAUAAUACACCAAAUACAGAUAAAUUAGACAGUUCAGACACGAAUAUAGAAACGGAAGAUAUAGAACAAAAUGAUGAAAAUGAAACGAAAAAAAUUACAGCAGCAGAAAAAACAUUUCCGUGUGAUACUUGUAAAAAAGUCUUCCCAAGUAAUGCGAGGUUGAAACGCCAUAGACGUGUGCACACGUGCGAGAAACCAUUCUCAUGCGAACAUUGCUCGAAAACAUUCGCAGACAAAUGUAACCUAAGUCGACAUUCCCGAAUCCAUUCCGGAGAAAAGCCAUUCGAGUGCGAUCUCUGCGGAAAAUGUUUCUCGAUUAAAACUCACUUGAGCGUUCACUUACUCACGCACAAUAAUUCUAGUAAAAAACAAACUAAAAGCACUGUGUCGUGCGAUGCUUGUGGAAAAAUAUACACGCACAAAAUGAAUUUAGCACGGCACAUUUCAACAAAGCACGCCAGGACACAUACAGGUGAAAAACCGUUCUCAUGUAACUAUUGCGAUUACAAGACUGCUGUACAAUAUCAUUUAACUACUCAUAUACGGACACAUACAGGUGAAAAACCGUUCUCAUGUACCUUUUGUCAUUACAAGACUGCUAAAAAAGAUAGUUUAAAUACUCAUAUACGGACACAUACAGGUGAAAAACCGUUCUCAUGUAACUAUUGCAAUUACAAGACUGCUGUACAAUCUAAUUUAAUUAGACAUAAUAUACGGACACAUACAGGUAAAAAGCCGUUCUCAUGUAACUAUUGUCAUUACAAGACUGCUGUAAAAUCAGAUUUAAUUAUACAUAUACGGACACAUGGUGAAAAACCGUUCUCAUGUAACUAUUGCAAUUAUAAGGCCACCGUAAAAUCAAUUUUAAUUAAACACGAAAGGACACAUACAGGUGAAAAACCGUUCUCAUGUAACUAUUGCCAUUAUAAGACCACUCAAAAAUCAACUUUAAUUAAACACGAAAAGACACAUACAGGUGAAAAACCGUUCUCAUGUAACUAUUGUCAUUACAAGACUGCAUAUAAAGAUGUUUUAGUCCGUCAUAUACGGAUACAUACAGGUGAAAAACCGUUCUCAUGUUCGUAUUGUUAUUACAAGACCGCAUUAAAACGUAAUUUAACUACUCAUAUACGGACACAUAAAGGUGAAAAACCGUUCUCAUGUGACUAUUGUAAUUACAAGGCUACUACAAAAGCUCAUUUAACUAUUCACAUACGGACACACACAGGUGAAAAACCGUUCUCAUGUAACUAUUGCCAUUAUAAGACCACCCUAAAAUCAAAUUUAAUUAAACACGAAAGGACACAUACAGGUGAAAAACCGUUCUCAUGUAACUAUUGCCAUUAUAAGACCACCCUAAAAUCAAAUUUAAUUAAACACGAAAGGACACAUACAGGUGAAAAACCGUUCUCAUGUAACUAUUGCCAUUAUAAGACCACUCAAAAAUCAACUUUAACUAAACACGAAAGGACACAUACAGGCGAAAAACCGAUUUGAGGUAAUAAUAAUAAUAAUUAUUAUUUUUAAGAUUUUUGUUUUUAUAAUGUAUUUUUAUUUUUUGAUAAUAAUUACAUUGUAAAAAGAAAAAAUUAAAAAUAAGAAAGUAAGAUGAAUAAAGGAAUAAUAAUAAUAAUAAUGUCUUUAUUGUGAAUCACAGGUUAUACAGGGUGACAGGUAAAGCGAUACAUUCCUUGAAAGGGGUUAAAGUAGAGCUUAUUUGCAGUCAUUUAAGUCAUAUGACACCAUGUCCGAAACUUGUUCAUUUCCAAGUUAUUCAAGAUUUAGUAUUUUUUUAAAAAUCUCCAGUUUUUAUGUUAAAAUGUACCCUUGUAAUGAAGAAUACGGAAUAAUGUUAACUUUUUUGUUGUAUUCGUAUAGCUAAAUAAUAGAAUUGACAUUUUAAAUUAAAAUUUGCAAGAAAGAAUCGUCAUUACUCAAGUAAAAGCUUAAAAACCAUGUAUUAUUUUGCAAAAAAAAUAUGUUUUAGGUAAUUAAACGAAGAAUUUCCAAGAAAAAAUGUAUGGAAUGUUGUGUACAAAUUACAGAAUUUAGUUCCUUGAUUCAUUAGCUAUUCAAAAAGGUACAGGUGUUUAACAAACACUACAUAAUUAUUUUUUUAUUUGAAUUUAAACGUCUUUCAUAAAAAAAUUAAUAAAUAAAAAAGUCACACUAACAACUAUUCUUGGGUCUCAAUAAAUGAAA